AUGACUUCCGAUUUUCUACCGGAUAACGAAAGUUAUUAUCAGUUUUAUAAAGAACAGGCUGAGCUAAAUGGUUAUUAUAAGUAUUCGUGUCAUUUUAUCCCAUUUAUCACUCUUCCGAUUUAUGCUGAAGCAUGUUAUUGUAUUCUCUAUAAAUGUAAACAAUUCAGUCCAAAAUAUGUGACUAUUUUGCAGAUUCAUAUGUUUUUACAUUUCUUUGGUGAAAUUUACUGGACAGUACUCCUUCUUCCUGUAAUUGUUCUGCCAAGUAUUGGAAUUUCAACUGAAGGAUUUUUGAGUGUACUGAGAAUAUCCUCCAGUUGGCAAAUAUUUAUAAUGUGUGGAAUACUUCAAAUAAGUACUGCAACAAUGAUUCAUCUUUUGAUUUAUCGAUUGAAAUUCGCCGUUCCUCCCGAUGCUUCGAGAGCUAUUAAAAUUGGCGCUGAUCUUACAAACGGUUUCUAUUAUUUCACUGCCAUAUUCUGUACUUGCGCGAUUGGAUUCAUGGAUGAAGAUCAAAAAGUUGCAAAGAGUCGGAUAAUCCACAAGUAUCUUGUCCCUCCUCCAAAUCUUUGGGAAGAUAACUACGUAACAACUGAUAGAGAAAACCCUAACUUCAAGUAUUAUGUUUAUAUCACAGUUGCAGAAAUCAUGAUUCUGAUUAUCAACAUAAUCGUUGUUCCAACUGUUUCAUUUCAUUUUCUCUCUAAAAACAGAACUGAAAAGUCAGAGAAACUGGCACAAGCUCACAAGCAAACCCUUCAGGUUCUGGUCUUCCAGUUGGCAAUCCACUGCAUAUUUCAUUUACUUCCAUUAGUUUGCUUCACGUGGUCCGCUAUUUUCCGGACAAAAAACAUUGCACUCCUAUCAGUUGGAUUACUCAUUUGGGCAUUGCAUGGUGCUGCAUGCACUCUUGCAUUAAUUCUGGCAAAUAAACCAUUCCGAUUAACAACUGCAACCCAUUUAAAAACUGAUCUAGCAGCCAUUGGUCCAUAUUUAUUGAAAUCUCCUGGUUUCGUUGACCAAUGCCAGAACAAGUUCUCUCCAAUGUCAUUGAUAUUCGAAUGUUUUGAUGGGUUUGUUUGGGCGAAUGAAUCAGCUGACUUCUCGAGUGUACUAUUCCAUAAAAACCUUCGAAUGUUUGAACCGGAAGCUCUUUUCGUAUGUCGUUUGGUUACAAAGUUCCCGAGAGCCAACUGA